CUUAGUAUAGAUGGGAAGAGUUUAGUUCUGCGUCGAACGAACCAAUGACGUUCGAGGGCGCUGCUAGAGAGUUUCUCGACAAUAGGCAGAUCUAAUAAGAAUACAUACAUUACGGUACAUCGGACGGUGUGCUUUCUUCGUGCAUCGGAGCGAUCGGAGUACGGUGGUGACAUCCGUGCGCGCAUUAAGAGACACGUUCUGCUCGGUUAUAUGUGCGGGCGCGAGUGCAUGCGUGGGUGUGCAGCGCAACAGCAGUGAACGUGCCGACAUAAAGUAACAAAUUAUCAUUCGAGAAGGCGAAUGUUAAUAGAGGAGAUGUUCGGGUAGGAGUAGUUUAGUCGGUGGAGAGAGAGAGAGAGAGAGAGAGAGAGAGAGAGAGUGAGUGAGAGAGAAAGAAAGAAAGAAAGAAAGAAAGAGAGAGAGAGAGAGAAAGAAAAAAAAAGAAGAAGAGAAAACGAAAAGAAGAAGAAGAAAAAAAAAACUGCUAUGGAAGAGCGUCUUACCGUGGCGGUAAUUUUUUAGGCGCGCGGUUUGAACGCGUGUCGGACGUGUCGUGCGUGUCCCGUUUCUGUCUGGUCAAUGCGUGCACGGUAAUAUAUAUAGAAAGAAUUGUAAGGGGAAGGUGGAACGGAAGGAAGAAAAGAAAGAAAGAAAGAAAGAAAGAAAGAAAGAAAGAAAGAAAAAGAGAAAGGAAAAGAAAGGAAAGGAAAAGGAGAACACCUGUGCUGCUUCGAUAAGAAAAAGGAUAAUCAACGGGAAAAGGCUUGAACGAAAUCCCUCGUUGUAGAGUCCCGUUGUAAUCGUUGCGUCGUCGUUUACGACGAACGUCGUCGAGGUUCGGCCAUCGAUAGGAAUCGCGUCUCGAGGACGCGCCGUGCCAAGUUCAAGCGACAAGCGUACGUACGUACGUGCGUGCGUGCGUGCGUGCGUGCGUGCGUGCGUGUGUGUGUGUGUGUUUCCUUUCGUAGACCGCCUACCAGGGUGCAUCAGUUUGCGUAUUCCUUCGCAAAGUGCGCUCGCCUACACUCAUCUUCUGCUGUUGCCACUGUCGUUCCCCUACACGACGCAACUGGCGGCGGGGUGGGGGAUGGUAUGAAAAGAAUAAACAUGGUGGUGGCGUGAGCGAGACAAUAAGAGAGAGAGAGAUAGAGAGAGAUAGAUAGAUAGAUAGAUAGAUAGAUAGAUAAAGCGCGCACAACGAUGGAAGGUGGAGCGAGAAAGAGCGAUCGCGAAAAGGAGAAAAGAAGAGAACGGUAGUCGAAGGAACAUCGUAGUAGUGGAUGAUCGUACCGAACGAGUGCGAGAAAGAAAAGAAACGCAAGAAACGCGAGAGAACGACCUGAGAGAGUAGCAACGAGUAAAGUAAGGAGGAACGAAGCGCGUUCGAGCGAUAAGGACAGACGGAGAUAGAUAGAUAAAUAGAUAGAUCGAGGAGAAUCGCGGGAUGGAGUAGAGUAGAGUAGAAUAGAGUAGAGUAGAGUAGAGUAGAGUAGAGUAGAGUAGAAUAGAGUAAAGUGAGUAGAGUAGUAACGUUUGUGUGCGUACGUGUGUCGCGUGUGCGUGUGAGGGGUUGGGACUGGGGGGGGGGAAUCGAGACGACGGAAGCGAGGGGUCGUUCUCUCUCUUUCUCUCUCUCUCUCCAUCUAUCCUUUUCUUUGUUGUUCUCGCUAUCGCGAGAGAGAAAGAGAGGGAGGUAGAACGAUAGAAGAAGAGGGGGAGGUGGAGGUGGAGGAGGAGGAGGAGGAGGAGAAGAAAGAGGAGAAACAACAGCAGCAGCAGCAGUGUAGUAAUAGUAGUAGUAGUAGUAGUAAUAGUAACAGCAGCAACAGCAGCAGUGACAUCGACGUCGAGGAACGUCGAUGCGGAGGAACGGCCGCGACGAACGUGUCCUCGGUAAAAUCCUUUGGCAAUUUGAUGGGCGCGAGAAAUCGUUCGAUUCGGCCAACGACGUCGUUGUUGUUCUUCGUAAUAGCGUGCUAGUGGUAGUGGUUGUGGUCGUAGUGGUAGAAGUGGUGGUAGUGGUGGUGGUGGUGGUGGUGGUGGUGGUGGUGUUGUUGGCGUUCGUACCAUCAUCAUCAUCAUCGUCGUCGUCGUCGUCAUCGUCGUCGUCGUCGUCAUCGUCGUCGUCGUCGUCGUCGUUAUUAGUGAAAGUGAGAAAUAUUAUUAAAAGCAAUAAUAGUAACAUCGAUAAUAAUAGUGGCGGGUGGUGGUGGUGUUGUUGUUGUUGUUGUUGUUAUUGUUAUUAUCAUCGUCGUCGUCGGCGGUGGUGGCGGCGGCGGCGACGGCGGCGGCGGCGUCGUCGUCGUUGUUGUUAUUGUUGUUGUUAUUGUUGUUGUUGUUGUUGCCGAUUGGAAAAGAAAGAAGAAGAGCACGAUAUGUCGCCGCCGGUGAUGGGCCUCGUGUCGUUGGUGGUUAGAUGCCGGUGACGAAAGCCUUCACGAGGAUCAUAAAGAGGUUAAGAAGAAACCGACGACGAAGAAGAACAGAACGACGGUAGGAAGGAAGGGAAGAAAGACGGAAUUUCACGAGAACGUAAUAGAUGUAUAGAAUAUUAUCUACGUCGAAACGAAAAAGGAAGGACGACGACGAUGCUCUACGAGAUUACUCCUUCGACGUUCCUUAUUCUUUCACGAGCGAGGAGGAUUAUUAUUAUUGGGAGAAGCUACAAUUAGAAAGAGAAAGAGAAGGGUAAAGAAAAAGAGAGAGAGAGUGUCUGUCUGUGUGUACGUGUGUAUAGAAAGAAAGAGAGAAAGAGAGAGAGAAAAGGCUGAAUGAAGCGGCAGCAGGAGCAAGAACGGAGGUCGAGCCACUGUCGGUGGUGGUGCCAAUAACCUCUCCUCUCUCUAUUCGAACGCGUUGGACUUAUUCUCUCUGGCGCGAGCGUGCACUCCUCCUCUCUCGGUGCACACGAUGCGUUUGCUCCCGUAUUACUACCGUAUAGAUCGUAAAAUUAGACGUUCGAAGGCACGUUCAAAGGUAAAAGUAGAAGAAUCCUCCAAGCCCGUUGUCUGUUCCUCGCUAAAGGCGUACGAGCCAACGUUGACGACGUACGUAUUCCUUCUCGUCGACUCCGUCGACUUCUCCGUCGCUGCUACCCUCUGAAAAAGCGUGCUAACGAAGAAUAACGAAAAAGAAGGAAGAGAAGAUGCCUGUCGCUUCGAGCGACGUCGGACACUGACUUUUCAUAGUUCCUCUUUCUUUUUCCUCAUUUUUCUUUUUUUUAUAUAUAUAUAUAUAUAUAUAGAUAUAUAUAUUCUUCUUUUUUACUUAUCACUACUUCCUCUUUUCCAUCCUCUUUCCUUUUUCCUCUUGUUUGUUUCCUUUCCCCACCCAACCAACCACCCACCCACCCACCCCUCUCUUUCUGUUUCUUUUUAACGCGAUUCCUCUCGUUCGGUUCUCGAAUUUGAAAGGAACGCGCGCCGCACACGUGCGAAGUUCAAUUUCUAGUCCGCUGCAUUUAAAAUACAUAUUAAAAAAAUAAAAGAAAUAAAAAAAAAAAUAAAAUAAAAAUAAAAAAAAAAAGAAAUAAAAAAGAAAAGAGAAGAAAAGCUCGAUCGAAGUUAUAGGCCACGAUAGGCGUAAAUGUUUUAAUGUCCUUAUUUCUUCUGGGAGAAAAUUCUACGAACCCUCGAUUAUAACCUAUCGAUCGUACGAUAGAGAGACUGAGAAUAAAGGAGAAUAUUAUUUCGUUAAUUUAUUCAAAGGGAAUAAGGGACGAGAAGAAGGAAGAGGAGAUAGAUAAAUAAAUAAAUAAAUAAAUAAAUAAAUAAAUAACUAAAUAAAUAAAUAACUAAAUAACUAAAUAACUAAAUGGAUAGAUAGACAGACAGAUAAAGAAAGAGAAAGAGAAAAAGAAAAAGAGGAUGAGCUGCUAACAAAGAAGAAGGUAGGGGAGCAAGUGAGGAAGAUAACGAGAUAAGAUCGUUCCCUCGGCAUGAAGAUAUCCGACGAGACCGCGAUAAGGCCGAUUCCACGGGGUGGUGGAAAAUACGAAUCUACCGUGUUGUCUUGAGAUCUUUUCCUCGUCGGUUCAACGUGCGCUUGCUUGAGAGAGAGGUGGACGAGAGGCAGACAGAGAGAGAGAGAGAGAGAGAGAGACAGAAGAAAAACAAAAAGAAGGAGAAGAAAAUAGAGGGAGAAGAAGAGGAAGAGAAAGAGGAAGGAACAAAUGACUAGCUUAACCAUUGCGGCGAGCAUGAUGCCUCUGUCAAGGGCAAAUCCGUAUGGAACGGCGGCGGACACGAUAUCGACGCAGACGUGCAACAUAGCGACGAACGAGAGCAAUCACCUGCCACCGUUAAAGUCAACGUCGGCGGCAGUAGUGAUGAUGGCAGCGGCUUUCGACAACUUGAAGCAGAGCGAAUCGUCGCCGCCGCGACACGUCGCGCACGCGACCAUCGGUCACGUGGUUGGCGGUGGUGCCAGCGGAGGAGGAGGAGGAGGAGGAGCCGGAGGAGGAGGAGGUGGUGGUGGAGGAGCCGGUGUCGGUGGCGGAGGAGCAUCCACGCACCUGCCCAGCCUUGCGUCAAGCGCUAACAACAGCCUGCAAAAUCUCUCCGGGAACUCGGACAGCCUAAAUCUCAGUUUGAGCUCGCACGCGAGUCACAAUUCGCAUUCCCAGCCAAACUCGCAGUCGAGCAGUCCGAUGGUGAAGAACGGUAGAUCGGAUGGCAGUUCGAGCGGUGGCGGCGGCGGUGUCGGUGGCGGUGGCGGCGGUGGCGGUGGAGGCGGUGGCGGUGGUGGCGGUGGCGGUGGUGGUACGGGUGGAGCCGUCGUUUGCACCACCGACGGAAGGCCCGGCACCGCGUCCGGGGCCAGCGCAAGCCCCAGUACCGUUCUUCUUCCUGAAAAACGCAUGUCGAUGAGGCUCCUACCGGAUACCGUAAUGAGGUUCUACAUGAACAAACUCACGCCGUACGAGCACCACGAGAUAUUCAAUUACGAAUAUAUUUAUUUCAUCGGGGCGAACGCCAAGAAACGACCCGGCAUCAUCGGACGGCGUAACAAUCACGAGUACGACAACGAUCAAGGCUCUUAUAUACACGUACCGCACGAUCACGUGGCGUACAGGUACGAGGUCCUCAAGGUAAUCGGCAAGGGUUCCUUCGGUCAGGUCGUUAAGGUAUAUGAUCAUAAGAACCACGAGCACGUUGCCCUCAAAAUGAUUAGGAACGAGAAAAGGUUCCAUCGGCAGGCGCAAGAGGAAAUCGAGAUACUGAAGAAGCUGAGGGAACAGGACAAACACGAUAGGAUGAACAUCAUUCAUAUGUUCGAAGCGUUCACCUUUCGUUGUCACACAUGUAUAACCUUCGAGCUACUCAGUAUUAAUCUAUACGAGCUCAUCAAGAAGAACAGGUUUCGGGGCUUUAGUCUUCAGCUCGUCAGAAAAUUUUCCUAUUCCCUUCUUCUAUGCCUCGACGCACUGAACAAGAACAAAAUCAUACAUUGCGAUAUGAAGCCGGAGAACGUUCUUCUAAAGCAGCAAGGACGGAGUGGUAUCAAGGUGAUAGACUUCGGCUCGAGUUGCUACGAGAACCGGCGCGUCUACACGUAUAUACAAAGCCGCUUCUACCGGGCCCCGGAGGUGAUCCUUGGCGCUGGAUACGGCAUGCCGAUCGACAUGUGGAGUCUAGGCUGCAUUCUCGCGGAACUAUUCACUGGGAUCCCGCUGUUGCCGGGUGAAGAUGAGGCGGAUCAACUGGCGUGCAUAAUCGAACUUCUAGGUAUGCCGCCAGCCUACUUGCUAGAAAAUGCAAAGCGCCGUCGAAAUUUCAUCAGUUCGAAAGGUUAUCCGAGGUACUGUACGGUGACGACGCUGUCAGACGGUACAGCGCGUUUCGGUGGUGGCCUAUCGAGGAGAGGAAAACUCCGUGGGCCACCAGGUUCGAGAGAAUGGAAACGGGCAUUGAAAGGCUGUGACGAUCUCAUGUUCAUCGAUUUCAUAAGGGGUUGCCUCGAGUGGGAUCCGAAACUAAGGAUGACACCCAGGAUGGCACUCAGGCAUGCUUGGCUACGACGUAGAUUACCGAAGCCACCCUCGGAAAAGAUCAACGACGAUUACUUUCCUCCACCACGAACGUCCGUUACUGGUUUGAGAACGCCAGCCUCUUCCGGUAGCAAGACCACCACCACGGUUACCACCACUACCAUCAACACCACAGCCAUAAAUACGGCCACUACCACGACUACUACUGCCGUCGCUGCUGUAGCGGCCACUGCUAGGAGCAAUACCCUUCAGUCGACGAACGUCAACGCUGCAGCGACCAGAAACAAAGUGCGACAAAAACCGCAGCCUCAACAGCAGCAGCAACAGCAACAGCAACAGCAACAACAACAAUUGAAUGAUUUCUAUUGUCGCAGAUCGACUAUACACUCGAGGCAUCCCCAGUCGGGUAUUUUUGGCAAUACGACGUCCGUUCAAACUACGGUUCAUGCAAUCUCCUCGAAUCAUCAGCCGAGUCUUAGCAGUCAUCAGUCCUUGAAUUCGGUCGGUACUGCUGGAUCUCAACAGCAACAACACGGUGCCAGUCAUCAAUUGCAACAGCAGCAGCAACAUCAAAGCAACGGAUCGUCGCAUGGAUCAUCUUCUCAUGGAUCUUCCUCCCAUGGAUCCUCUUCUCACGACAGCCAUAGUUCGCACGGUCCUUCGAGUGCUUUGAGUCGCGUGAUAUUAAGUAAAGAGUUCAUCGAGGAACUCAGACGAUACGCCGAAAUAUGAGGACGUCGGCUCACACGUGUGCCACUGCCGUCAUGCUCGUUAAUAACUUCGGGUAGGGUUGACCUUGGAAACCGUGCGCAGACGGUAACGUUGACGUCAAGGUGAACGAGGAAGGGUCGUGAAAUCGAAAGGUUAACGAUCCUUCCAAGCUUUGCCAGAAUACAAACACUUUGUGCGAUGAAUGACCUCGCCCUAUACGUUCUAGGCGAGUGUCUACAGAGAUAAGUGAUUACGAGAGAGAUUGACCUACAUUCGAACCUUUUUAGACCUAUUUCGUUUCUUUUAUUAUCAUUACUUUUAUUUUAUUUUAUUUUAUUUUAUUUUUUUUUUGUUAAUUCGAUCCGUAGGAAAUUGGUCUUCAACCGGAUGUGUAAUAACGCUGCAUUUUAUCGAUGUCGUAAUUCGAUUUUUAAUUGUGACGCUGAAUUCAUCGUAUCGUUAAGGCAGAAAAUUUAAUUUUAAUAGAUGUAUAAAUACGUGAUAUUCGUCGGAGUGACUAGUCUAUCCCUAGCUCUUAUCCACGAAAGCACGACUCUCUUUCUCUUUUUAGCAUCGUAUCGUAUGCUAGUGCUCAGUUUUCUUUUGUUCAGCCGCCGAACGUUUGCUCCUGCUGUCAUUGUUGGGAUCCUUUGUAAAGAUUGUUAUUCACUAGCUGGAAGGCCGCCGUAGGCGCAUAAAUACAUGCAUACGCAUUGCCGUGGUGAAUUGGUAUCGUGCGAAACCUCAUUUGUAUCGACAUUUAUUACAUUGUCUUGACUUUGAGGUUAUUGUGCCAGGGAAGUCAGGGAAUGCGAAGGGUUCGCAAGCGUGUAUAACAUCGUCGAUGAAUCGAUCGGGUAGACUCGAUUGAAAGGGUUUCUAACACUGUGAAUGUAUAGUAUAGCAAAUUGUACAAUGAAUUUCUUCUGGCGUGUAUCAUUAAAUCUGACUGGUUAAAUUUGUGUCAGGAGAAAUACUCAUCUGAAUUAAAUUCUACAAUAUUCUGUAUCAUUUAACUGUUUUCUUUAAGGAAUCUCGCGUGACGGGUAUCAUAAAGAAGGUUAAAUUUUCCCAUGAAACUUCAACUUUUCUACUUAUCGAUCGGAGACACUUGACCUUUUUAAUUUGCAUAUCGGAGAAUAUCAUUGAACACGAGGAAAAGUUAGAAGCAUUUCCCUUUGAAUAUUUUUCAAUCGACAAUAUAUAAUUGUGUAUAUUGUAUUGUAGAUAUAGCUAUAUAUUUAUAUUAUAUAUUUAUAAUAUAUUGGCGAAAGGAAAUUAUGAAAAUAUGAGAGUUUUUAACGAUAUAUAUAAUUUAUUUGUACAAAUGUAAGAGAAAGUUGUAUGUGUGUUAUAUUACAUAAUUUUCACGAGAAAUUAUUUUUCACGAAAAUUUUAUUGAAUUUUCGAAUUUUUUAAUAAACUUCUUUAUUUUUAUCGAGCACAUCGAGAUAAGUAGUUCACGUUCGAGGUGCUUUUUAAAUGAUUAUUCGCGCGUAACAAGUGAGCCAUUUUAUAACCAUAUAAUCGAACGAGAGCUCAAUUCAUAUGCAAUAUUUAUUAUACGUAUACAUGUUGCACGAGUAAAAGCGAUGAACGAAUAUUCAUCGCGGCAUGUUUGUAAAUUAUAAAUGCUCGAGUGCACGUAUACAUAUACACAUUGAGUCGAUUUCAUUCUAGCCCUUGCAUUAUCAGUUGUACACGCUUCCGCUUAACGAAAACGUAUAAGUGAUGAUUACUUUAAUUAAAAGCAAAAAAUUAUUCUCAAAGACUUUGAAAAUGCGAUACAAACGAUAAUUAACGCAUCGGCGUUAAUGGAAAAUAAAAAAAAAAAAGAAAGUAAAACCGUGUUCCAUACAUCUUUUUCUUGAUAAUACUCGUUCAUGAAAAAAUAUUUAAAAAAAAAAAGAAAAAAAAAUAGAAAAAAAAAAAGAACAGAAACGUUUCGACGAUACCAUUCAGCAGGUUCAAUCGAAAAGCUUUGUUCGUUUGAAAGAUCAUUUUGUUGGCAAUAUUUUUUUCUUUCCUAAUUAUCUUUUACGAUUUGAUACGAUGUUGUAUUACGUCUGAAAUUCAUCGAAAUUAUUUGCUUUUUGACGUUCCUCUUGGUGAAAUGUAGAUCAAGCGUAUUCUGAUAAUAUUUAUAAUAACAUCGUCGAAAUGAAUGCUUUCAAAGAGUUAUUUUGUAUGAUUAGCAAUGACAGCAACGAGCAACGAGGCAAUCAAAGGAACGGAGUGAUAUUCGGUUGUCGAAAGUUGAUACCGAACAGGAUAACGUUAUGUGAUAUGGAAUUUAAGCCGUACUGUCAUUUAUAUUGGUAAAGAAGAUACACACACAUAUAUAUACACGUAUAUAUAUGAGUUGUAUGUAUAUAUAUAUAUAUUAUCAGAUAAAAAAAGAAAUAAAAAUAUAAGUUAUAUCGCGCUAUAACGCUAAUUAUAAAAAGCUGCAAAAAUUUAAUAACGUAUUAUUAUGUGCAUAUGUAGCGAGAAAGAGUAGAAAGCUGCCAUCGUGGUUACGAGAAAAAUAUAUAAAAUGUGGUAUUCGUAAAACGUUGCACUAACUCGUUGAUCAUUUCGAGCAUUCUUCCUUACGAACUGUAUUAUCGUAUCCGCGCUUUUUCAUCUUUCAUGAUUCGUCGUGCGCAAAAAAAAAAGGGAAAAGAAAAUUAAUUGGUCGGUAAAUAUUAAUCGUCCACGUUAAGUUCCCAAGAGAAACGUAAAAUGGGGGUGGGUUGUAGGAACAAAUGGAUCGGUUAUGGUGACACGAGGAUACUUUGACAAGCAUUUAAAUAAGUAGGUAUAUAGUUUUCUGUAAUUUGCGUGAUGACGUCUGUCAAGGAUCGAUCGACAUGCCACUGCCAAUAACUUCUUUUAUAAGUUUAUCGCUCGAAUUUUUUUUUGUUUUUGUUUUAUAUAUAUAUAUAUAAUUUAUAUAUAUAUAUAUAUAUAUAUAUAUAUAUAUAUAUAUGGGCGCUUAUCUUAUUUACGUGCCUAGUCCCUUCGUCAUUCUUCAAGAUCACCUUGAGUUACGUCAGAGCGAAGUACAGCGGUACACCAAUAUCACGCAUCACACACACACACACACAUACACUAUACAGAUACACACACAAGCAUUUUCCUUUCGAGACUUUUACGGAUUUUCGAAAGUCGUGUUUCUCCAAAUGCGAUCCCAAUCAAUAAAAUAUUACUACGAACUCGAAAGUGCGUAAAGAGUGUGAUAUAAGUACGUACGUAUGCAUUUACACGUACAGAUAUACAAACAGAUAUACACGUAUCCAAGAUUUAUUUAUAUACAAAAAUAUUAUGUAAGCAUUUAUUGGCAGAAUCGCGAGGAAGAGAGUUAAUUAUUACUUAUCAUCAGAACUCCGUUGCUUGUAAUACUAUUAUUAUUAUUAUUAUUAAUAUUAAUGUUAUUAUUAUUAUUAUUAUUCAUAUUAUUACUAUUAUUAUUAAUAUUACUAUCAUCAUGAUCAUUACUAUUAUUAUAUUAAUACUGUGAUUAACGUUAGGGACUUCGUUGUUUACCACCUUCAACCUUGGUUUCUCAAACAUCAACGCGCUGAUUAUCAUUGCCGAUAUAUAUAUAUAUGAUCUCUAUGUAUAUUAUAUAUAUAUAUAUAUAUAUAUAUAGAUAUAUAUAUAUAUAAAUAUAUGUAUAUGAUCUCUCUUUCAUCUCUCUCUUUUUCUCUUUUUCUAUUUACCUAUUCCUUUUUUUGGGGUCGUUUUUUCUUAUUUUGAAACCCUUAAAUGAUUUCCUUACUCUAACAAAUUGCUAUUUUUAUAUAUAUAUAUAUAUAUAAUAUAUAUAUAAAAGAGAAAUCGAAAAGAGAAAAAAAAAAGGAUAAGUUCUCUCGUGCAACGCGUUACGACGCCAAAUAAGGUAUAAUAAAUGAUAGCUUUAGGCGUAAAUAUCGUACGAUGUAUAAGAGCAGACGAUUUCAAGGUCGGGAGGACUCCUACUCAAGGUAAACGAGGGUGUUCGUGUUACGAUUGUCUGGUAGUCGCUCGCCGUCCGCCUUUCCAUAAGAAGCGUACGAACGUUGUACGUCAACUAAGUGCGUCUGCGUACGUGCGUGCGUGCUCUCGUUGCACUUAUGUACAUCUCCUUUUCUAUCUUUACGCCAUGUUCCUUGCAUCUUCGUGCAUAGAAAAGAGAGAGAGAGAGAGAGAGAGAGAAAGGGAAGGAAACUAGAUCAUUCAAAAGCACGUCAAUUCCAUUUUAAUUUAUCACCGAUUUAACAUUACCACGAUUCACGUUGAAUUCCUUUCUCACUAAACCGGAAAUGAAAUCUUCAUUCCUCAAGUAAUCGCAUGCAAAUUUCUUUUCCUUUUUCCUUCCAUUGUUCAACCAUUUCUCUCUCUCUCUUUCUUUCUCUCUCUCUCUCUCUCUCUUUCUCCCUCUUUUUUUCUUUUUUUUCUUUUUUCUUUCUCCAUACGAUCGAACGUACAAUAAUUCUCGGAAUCUUUUACCAACGGGCUUUGCACUCGAAGGACCUCGAAGUCCUUCAUUUAUCUUGAUAUCGAAAAUCUUCUUAGAGGUAGAGUGUAUAUAAUUACAGGUAUGAAGCUGUCCGAACCGUGAGGAAUUUCUUUUUUUGUCUUUUUUCUUUUCUUCGUUUUUGUUUUUCUUUUCUUUUCUUUUCUUUCCUUUUUUUUUUUUGCUUUUAAUCUCCGUUUUCGAAAUAUAUUUCGUACUUUCGCACGAGAGACCUUUAUGAAGCGAAACGCGGUCAUAAUUUUUCGAUCCGCGAAACGGCCUUUCUCCUUUCGCGAAUUUUUUCAUGCUCGUAGUAGAAAAAAAGAAAAUGCAAUUAUAAAAAAUGCAAUUAUAAAUUUCAUAUAUGAGAGAGAAGAGAGAAAAAGAAAGAAAGAAAGAAAGAACGAAAGAAAGACGUACUAAGAUCUUUUUACUUCGAUUGAUUCGCAACGAAGCGAAGCAAAUAGAAAAAGAAAAGUCCGCUCUGCGUUCAGUUUGUUGCUUUCGAAUGUAAGAAAUGUGAUAAAAUCUUGUUUCGUUUCGUAUCAGAAUCUUUUUUUUUUUUUUUUUUUAUUAUUUCUUUUUGUCCCCCUUCUUUUUUAUUUUAUUUUAUUUCACUUUUAUUUCCCCUUCCACGAUUUCUUUUAUCGCAGUACUCCCGUACAGAAAAGGAUACUUACCGUUUAAAAGAUCGAAGAAACGCGAUAAAAGCAGCAUACGUAAUUGCAAAUCUUUUCCACCGAUCGACGGAGAAAGAAAAAUUCGAUAAAUGAUGAACGAAUCGACGCGAAAAAGCAUUUUAUCUGGAUACAUCUCGUUGUAAUCGUGAAUGCUAUGAAACAUCGUUGAUAAUAAAAUAAUCUAGAAGACGUAACAAAAAAAAAAAAAAAUAAUAAAAAGGAAAAAAAAAAGAAAAAUAAGAAAGAUAUAUUAUAGUGGGAUCAGACAUCAAGAGAGUUGUUUUAAGAGAGAGCUGUAAAAAAUAAUUUGCCUUUCGAAAAAUAAUUCAAUUGGUAUUGUGAUUAAAUUAUAUAGAAGUUAAUAAUAAGCUCGCGAUAAUUUUAUAUAUACGUGAAAAUAUAUACAUACAUACAUAUAUACAUACAUACAUACAUACAUACAUACAUAGAUACAUACGUACGUACGUACACGUAUACAUACAUACCUAUAUAAAAAUAUACAUACCUACGUACAUACAUACAUAUGUAGGAUUACGUAUUUAAGCUCGCGGUAAAAAGAGAAAGCUCCAUACGUCGCGAGCAAGUAAGUCAAAUGAAAAUAAGAAUAGAGGAGUAUAAUAUACCCUAUGCUUUAUAAAACAACGCAGAACUAAAAGGAAAACUAGCCGUACAACGUUUUCCCCACGUUGUACCAAUGACAAGACUAUUGAUGUUACUAAAACUCGGAAGUAAGAAACAGAAUAAAGAUAUCCCGGUCGAUCACGCAUACGUAUGUAUAUUACGUUUUAGCUAGUUACACGAUAGUCUUAUAUGAUAACUAUGUGAAUAAGAGUGAUAGAAUUCGAGGGAGAGAGAAAGUGAAACGUCGAUAUGAAAAAUACGAGAGAGAGAGAGAAAGAAAGAAAGAAAGAAAGAAAGAGAAAGUAAAAUAAAGCGCGAUAGAGAAAACGAGAGACUGUAACACGUUUCUAUAUAGUAAUUAUGUAUAUGUACAAUGCGAUAAGGCGUUUGUAUGAUAAUUAAGAAUUUCGUAAUUAUUCGCUAGGAAUAAAAAUUGUGGCGCGUUAUAUAGACGACGUAUAUAUACAUAUACAUAAACACAUAAGUAAAAUAUAUGUGGCGAGGUGCUUCAAAGUUCGUUGAACGCGCCCCUUUGCCUUGUGAACUUGCUCCUAAUCUCGUCGUAAUGUCGAUCAAUCGACGAAAUCCUUCUCCUUCAUUUCUCUAAGUCAGGUCGAAGAGAAUUUUCUAUGUGAGAGCGCGUGUUUGUAUGUAUGAUGUAUGUAUGUAUGUAUGUAUGUAUGUAUGAUCUGUGUGCCUGUCUGCUAUCUGUUGUGUAUCUUCGUCAUGUUGCUUGGAUCGAUCGAUGGCCGAUUCGAUCGUUGUCCUUUGUUAGUUCAUUUUACGAUGUAUGAGAUCGAUAUACGUACGUACGUAUAUACAUGUAUACAUACAAAGAAACAACAAACGAACAAAUAAACAUACAUACAUAAAUGCAUACAUAUAACAUACAUACAUAUAUACAUACACAUAUACAUACGUAUAUAACUUAUUCAGGUAUAGAAUCUUUAUACCCAGAUUCGUAUUCGGCACAAAGUGAACGAACGAAAGUACUCGAAAUGUUUUGUAAGUAGGAUGAUCAAAAAGAAAAGGAGAAAGAGAGAGAGAGAGAGAGAGAGAGAGAGAGAGAGAAAAGGAAAAUAAAAAUGUAGAAAGAAUCGGAGUAUUAUACCGAUCGAUUCUUUUUGACGAUAACGAGAA